CACAAAUCCAGCUCGUAGCUGCGACGACGCGCAGUGUGCAUUUCGCCAUGCAUCACGUAUAUAUCUACGGCCCACGGACGGCGCCGCCGCCGUCGGCCACGUGCUUUAACGUCACGUCCAAGUCCAAGGUGCCCUGGACACGAGCGUUCUCGCCCUUCCUCCUCGGUCCGGUCGACGUCACGCCGUUUCCCGAGACGACGCUGCGUGCGUCCUGCGUCGAGAAUGCGUGGCAGUAUACCAAGCUCUACAAGUGCCACGGCGACGACGUCGACGCGUACUGGGCGUGGGCGACCGAUGGGUUUGCGAACCCUCAAGCAGUUCGGUUUCCGAUGGGGCGUGGCGCCAAGCCGCUCUUUUCCUACUGGCACGGCGAGCCGCUUGGGUACAUUGAAGCGCGCUAUCGCAUUUACGCCCCGCUGUACGCGCAAGCUGUCGAGACGUACGCUGCGACCGAGCUCGCUCAGCUCCGUGAGGCGCUGCGUCACGGCGACAUUGCCCUUUUCGACUAUGACGGGUACCGCCACGAUACCCGUGGUCUCUCGCUCGACGACGUCUUGUACAACCCAAAGCGAAAGAUGGGACAUGCGUUUGUAUUGGCCAUGAUGCUCACAGAUCAGCGCGUGUGGGAGCGCGAGGCUUUUGACCCGAAAAAGAUCCGCGAGUAGGCAACAACGCUGUCGUCGACAAGAAUACGUAGAAUAUUGUAUGCAUCUAGUCCAGAGAUCUCAACCAGUCGAGAUUGACGUUAUAAGCACAGAGAGCACUUGCCACAACGCCUCUGAAUGAGUCGCUCGUGGUUGAGACCAAGGACAGGACUAAAAUAGUAGACUAUAUAAUAUGCAAUGCAAUGUUGGAUCUUGAAGGUAACAAAUGAAACGCAGGGAGACGUGCUAGAGCGCAGGCUUGGUCUCGGGCAUGGCCUUGGCCGCGGCCGCGGUCGCGUGAAUACACAAGUUGAGUUUCUCGGCUUGUUGCGAGAGGUCGUCGUCGUCGUUGGUCUCGGGCACUU